CGCUGCGCUUCGUCGUUGCAUAAUUAUUUUAAUUGAAAAUAGCUGUUAAAAGUUGUGUAUUGUAUCAAUGAAGGUUGUGUAUGUGUUAAAAGUUGUGCGAUGGGUGACCGAGGCAGAAAAUUAGUGCAACUAGCCUGCAGUAACAGGCUAGAAACAGACAAUGACUCCUCCGAUCUUGAUGAAUCGCAAAUUGAUAUCGCCGCCCAAAUGCACAAUAUUGUCACCGAUGAUAAUAUUACGGCAGACUCAAAUGAUGAAAGUAAUUUAUUUGGCAGUGACUAUUCGGAUGAAGAUCCCACUUACGUGCCAGAUCCUAAGGACUAUUCGCCAAAGCAAAUAGAUUCCGACUCUGAUUUUAUUCCUGAAAGUCCGAAUGCUUUCUCCAAACAGGAAGACUUUUUUAUGGUGCUGAUUGAUGAAGUUUUAGAUCGAGUUUGGAUUUCUGUAGAAGGUGACUAUUCAGCAGCAGCUUAUGUUCAAGAUUCAUAUUCAGAAAACGAUACACCUCAGCAAAAUGAUUCCGGCCAUGAUAUUAUUAUUCCUGAAACUCCCAGCCCAUGCAAACAGCAGAAACGUUCCUUGUCGAUAUUUAACAACGUUUGUAGUUCUGGAGAAGGUGAAUGCAUAGAAAGAGCUUCUUCUUAUGUUCCAGAUUCAGAGGACGAUCCAUUAAAAGUAUUACAUCCAACUGACUCUAGCUGCAAUGACAGUAUGAUCCCUGAAAGUUCAGGUGUUCGUUCACAAGUGGAAGACACUGUUUACUUUAUUGUAGACAAUAUUUUAGACAGAGUUUGGAGUCGUGUCAAACCCUUGAAGCGACGUAAGCAAGCUAAGCCAUCUGAAUGGAAAAUAAAUAUCGCCAAAAAGCGAAAAAUGGAAGGGCUACCUUAUGUGACCCAAGGCAUUAAGCGUCCUGCUAAAGUUCCAAAGCCUAUUGAAUGUGAUAAAUGCCAAUUCAAAUGUACUGAAAAGUUUUCCGAAGAAGAACGUACCAGUUUGUGCCGUUAUUUCUACAGUAUGGAUUUCCGAGCAAGAAAGAACUUUAUUCUUUCUUGCAUAAAAAUUCAGCCUGUUAAAACUAGAAAAGUACAGAAGGCAUCUAAUAAAAAGGAGCGUUCAUAUAGUAAAAAAUGUUUCUUUCAAAAAGACAAUGACGAAAUCCAAGUUUGUCAAAAAUUUUUCCAGGCUACAUUGUGCAUUAGUGUAGAUGUCAUCUCCGAUGCUGUAAAUAAAAAAGAUUCAUUAGGAUUGUAUGUCGAGGAUGAUAAACGUGGCAAGAAAAGCCCACCAAAUAAAACUAAAAUAGAAGAUGUUAAACGGGUCCAGGAUCACAUAGAGAGCUUUCCUGUAAUGGAUUCUUAUUACUGCCGUAAAGACAGUAAGAAGAAAUACCUUUACCCUGACGCUAAAUCGGUUAAAAACAUGUACAGAUUGUAUGAAGAUUCAUGUAAAGAGACUAAUAAAAAGCCGGUUUCAGAGUCAAAGUACCGUGAUAUUUUUAAUGAAGAAUACAAUUACAGCUUUUUCAGUCCGAAAAAAGAUCUCUGUAACGUUUGCUCAAAGUAUGAAAAAGCUCUGUCGAAAGAAGAGCUAGAAGAUGAUUACCAACAGCAUGUACAACGGAAGACGGUCUGUCAAAAUGCUAAAGACGCUGACAAAGCUCGAGCUAAUGUAUAUUCCAAUGCCAUUAGGGACUUCGUCAGCCCCGCAGCGUCGCCGCCGCGCCGCGCCGCGCCGGCCGCAUCGGGUGUCAUUUCACGUAUCGUCACACAUCCUAUUCUUCCACUAAUCAGACCUCAAUAG